CCUGAAUAUGCUGGUGUGAGUCUGUAAACUCCGAAGUAUGAGGUUCUGGUGACAUAAAUACAUGGCCUUCCCUGAGAGAACGAAGAACCUUGGCUUAAAACCUUCAGAAUCAUCCCAUUUUAUCUAUCAACUCCCAUCAGUCAUCAAUAGCAACAUCCAUAAUGUCCAAGGAAGAAGUAGGUCCAAUGCUUCAUGCACCCGUAUAGUACUAUAAUCCUCAUAGACGCCAGAUUAUCGAGGCCAAGGCCAAGGCUCUCCAUGAGCACAUCUUCUCCAAGCCAGAGGAUACCUACGCCGGCAAGCCCUGGGACCUGGUGAAAGCUAUCAACGAGUUUGCGGACGAGAGCCGCAUGAUGACUUUCAAAAACGCCAAGAUCGAAGCUUCCAGGCAGCAAAUAGCAAAGAUUCAACCAUCCCCAAAAACUUUAAUUGAAUUUGGUGGAUAUGUUGGAGCAUCGGCCAUCGCCUGGGGCGCCAUUUUGCGAGGGCUUAACACUGCAGAUAGUGCAGUUGAUGUCAAUGUGUACACAUUUGAGCUGAGCCCGGUCAACGCCGGUAUUGCGCGGAAUCUCAUUCGGUUAGCUGGCUUGGAGAGCACCGUGCAUGUUCUCGAGGGACCAGCUGCAGACUCACUGAGGAUAUUGUUCAAAGAGGGGAAGUUGAACAAGGGGGGCGUGGAUGUAGCCUUUUUCGACCACUGGGAGCAAUUCUACCUCCCGGAUCUGCAGCUUUGCGAGGAUCUAGGCUUAUUCAGGAAGGGCUCCAAGGUCAUUGCUGAUAACACAGAUUUCCCAGGUGCUCCUGCCUAUCUUGAGUAUGUGAAAUCUGGUGGAAGGCAGGGCGGGUCUUAUCGUUAUGAGACUGAGUCGAUUAAGACUGCCUCUGACCGUGGUCCAGUAAGUUACCCUGUCUGUACCUGAAUAUCUGUGUGGUCGUAGGUGCUGAUUAUGUUCCAGAGCAUUGUUGAGGUUAGCAGUGUUGUUAAUGGCCAGUGAUUGGUUCGUUGCUUGUCUGCUUAUGGUCGAUUCACCUGUGAUUUGUAGACUUUGCUAGUUGAAUAUAUGUACAUUUGCGCAUUCUAAAUGAGAUGUGACUCCCUAUCAGCUGGUAUGGGUAUGCAGGUACUGUACACAUCUCACACCGGUGUAGUCUCUGCAGUAGGGCAAAAUUAAAUGGUUACUGAUCCUGUAAAUGUAGCAUACCCCACACCUAGUUAGGGCUCAUUUCCAAUAUGUCAAGCGCGUGACAGAUUGAAUGCCUUAACUGUUGUGUUGGAUCGUCAUCUGCGACGUACGCAACGACGACCCGUUGGCUCACUGGUUAGCUAUAGUUUGGGAUUCUAUUGCCCGUCUGUGCCGAUUUGUUGCUGCUGACUACCUGUGGAAAUGAAAUGGCCUCCGCAAUAUAUGAGAGUCGCCAGCCGACGUUCCAAGAAUGGGAGGCUGCCACGGGUGUACGGAACAGAGAGGGUUUCAGGAAAACGAUAGAAGGACUUCAUGAAGCAGCAGCAGAUAGUAUACCCUGGUUCGGUGCCUGAGGGUGAAGCAAAAAUAAGGCGUAUAAAAGCAAAAAGUAAUGGGGCGAGCCGGGAUCGAACCAGCGACC